GCUCUCUCUACCCCCGCCCACCACCCUUCUCUUCAUUGAAUUCGAAGAGAACGAAUGAUCAAGAAGAGAAGCUUUCUUCUCCGUUCUUCCUUAUCGUUUUUGUUAUUCCAGCCCUGAGGUGCCCGAACAUUACCUCAAAUCUAUAUACAACAAGUGCCCCUGUCUACUGCCACGCACGCACUACGUGACAGGGUCAGGCGCGUCCUUGUCAGACUACCGUAACCUGUCUGCAGGCCUUGUCUCCAGAGAACACUACACGCUUCUGUGUUCUACAUUUGCUCCCCCAUACACAAUACUGUGGCUCGCAAGACCUCACACACAUCUAUCCACCUUUAUCUCAACAUGCCGGCCAAGCCAAUCCUCCACCCGUUGCAGACCCCGCGGACGAUGACCUUUCCGUCCGAGCUUCAAACCGACUCAGGAGCCAGUCUAUCAGGGGGAGGAGGGAGGAACACUAGUGAAGACGGUCUUUCAACGCCUAUAACGCCUCCGGCUGCUUACACGGAAUUCCUCAAAGCCCUCACUCCAAUCUUCUCCCCAGCCGAUGGCAAUGGGGCUACUACGCGCUUUGUAUGGGAUAAGGCCACCAAGACGCCGACCUCACAGCCAGCAAGUGCAGUCAGCGGCUCAUUCAGCUUCUCCGAUGCAACCAGACCCGCCACGGCGUCACUACCGCCGCUCACACCUUACGGCACCGUGCCCCCAAGUCGGCGGGACAUGAUGAGCCUCCGUCGUCUGCGUAUUCCUCCCGCUAUGCGAUACUCGCCUACAUUGGAGACACCCCGGAGCGCGAGCUCGCUGUUGUCGCCCUACUCGCCGUCGGAUUGGAAGCUGCGGUACUGGGAUGGACCACGGAGUGCGACCGCUGGCCGAGUGAGCGUGCGGCAUGUGGUGACCCAUACCGUGACAUAUAAGCGGACACAGCUAGAGGAUCCGCCCAAAGGAAAGCGGAGAAAGCAUAGUGAAGAGAAAGAAGAACCGUGAGAGUGGGAGAUGGAGGGAUCUUUGUUUGCCUGAGUUUGGUAGCGCUGGGUUUGGCGUUUGGGAGUUGGGGAGCGGGCUCAACAGUCAAUACGGAUAGGACAUAACAACUAUGAUUUGAAUUUUCUCCAAGACACCAGAAUGCCAGCCAUUCCUGGGAGAUAGAGUCCUUCUUGUGUUGUCCAAUGGACGCGAAUCAGCGAGUAACUCGGAC